ACCUGGGGCACCGGGAGCACAAGAGAGACGCCCGGGCCUGGCCCAGCCCCAGCCCCUGUCUUCCCGCGGCCAGUGACGGUGGCCACAGGCCUUGCCGCGCCCACCCUAGCCUGGGGCGGGGCCCGGCCUCCCCGCCCCGUCCCCGCCCCUCCGGCCUGCCCCGAGCCAGGUCAGUCUGGUCCCCAGCCCUGCGGCGGUGUAACCGCCUCGGACCUCCGGGACUCUGCAGUCCCGUGGCUCCGGCCGCGGGGCAACAUGGAGUUUGCGGAGCUGAUUAAGACCCCGCGGGUGGACAAUGUGGUGCUGCACCGGCCUUUUUAUCCCGCCGUCGAAGGGACCUUGUGUCUGACUGGUCACCACCUGAUCCUGUCUUCUCGGCAGGACAACACCGAGGAGCUGUGGCUUCUCCAUUCAAACAUCGACGCCAUCGACAAGCGAUUUGUGGGACCACUGGGUACCAUCAUCAUAAAAUGUAAAGACUUUCGAAUAAUUCAGUUGGAUAUUCCUGGAAUGGAGGAAUGUUUGAAUAUUGCCAGUUCCAUUGAGGCACUGUCUACCUUGGACUCUAUCACUCUGAUGUACCCUUUCUUUUACCGACCCAUGUUUGAAGUGAUAGAAGAUGGCUGGCAUUCUUUCCUUCCUGAGCAAGAGUUUGAACUCUACUCUUCAGCUACCAGUGAAUGGAGGUUAAGCUAUGUCAAUAAGGAAUUUGCUGUCUGUCCUUCUUACCCGCCAAUUGUCAUAGUGCCCAAAUCCAUUGAUGAUGAAGCUCUUCGGAAGGUAGCUACAUUUCGGCAUGGAGGACGCUUCCCAGUACUCAGCUAUUAUCAUAAGAAAAAUGGAAUGGUAAUCAUGCGAAGCGGUCAGCCACUCACUGGCACAAAUGGGAGAAGGUGCAAAGAAGAUGAAAAGCUGAUAAAUGCUACCCUCAGGGCAGGGAAACGUGGCUACAUCAUUGACACACGGUCUUUAAAUGUAGCUCAGCAAGCUAGAGCCAAAGGCGGCGGCUUUGAACAAGAAGCCCAUUAUCCCCAGUGGAGGCGGAUUCAUAAGUCCAUUGAGAGGUAUCACAUUCUUCAGGAGAGCUUAAUCAAACUCGUGGAAGCUUGUAAUGACCAAACACAUAACAUGGACAGAUGGCUCAGUAAAUUGGAGGCUUCUAACUGGCUGACUCACAUCAAAGAGAUUCUUACAACUGCGUGUCUAGCGGCUCAGUGUAUCGACAGGGAAGGGGCAUCCAUAUUGAUUCAUGGAACAGAAGGAACUGAUUCCACACUUCAGGUUACCUCCCUGGCCCAGAUCAUCUUGGAACCGAGAAGCAGGACCAUCCGUGGUUUUGAGGCCCUGAUAGAAAGAGAGUGGCUGCAGGCUGGUCACCCAUUUCAGCAGCGCUGCGCACAGUCAGCCUAUUGUAAUAGUAAGCAGAAGUGGGAGUCACCUGUAUUUCUUCUCUUCUUGGACUGUGUGUGGCAGAUACUUCGUCAGUUUCCUUGUUCUUUUGAAUUUAAUGAGAAUUUCCUCAUCAUGCUCUUUGAGCAUGCAUAUGCCUCACAGUUUGGAACAUUUCUCGGCAACAAUGAAAGUGAAAGAUGUAAGUUAAAGCUGCAGCAGAAAACGAUGUCUCUGUGGUCCUGGGUCAAUCGGCCCAGUGAACUGAGUAAAUUCACCAAUCCUCUCUUUGAAGCCAACAAUCUCGUCAUCUGGCCUUCAGUUGCUCCGCAGAGUCUUCAGCUAUGGGAAGGUAUUUUCCUACGUUGGAACAGAUCCUCCAAGUAUCUGGAUGAAGCGUAUGAAGAAAUGGUUAACAUCAUUGAAUAUAACAAGGAAUUACAAGCAAAAGUAAAUAUCCUUAGGAGGCAGUUGGCAGAACUGGAAACUGAGGACGAGAUGCAGGAGAGUCCGUGAAAGAUCUCCCUACGACCUACGUAAGGACCUUCCUGGACCUGUAUCCACCUCGCUUUCUUUGGCCCUUCAGUUCACUUUUACACAGUAGCCUUGAACUUAAGGCUUUAGAUGUGAGAACCCUCUAAAUGUAGUGGAUUUCUCAAUACUUUAUGAGUGAAAUAUACUGUAAUUACUCAUGUUUCAUGUGGCCUGUUAGGCCUCUUUACUUUGGGAGCAGAAAGGAGGUGCUAGUCAUUUUAUUUUAUGUGAAACAGGUGACCUAUUUAAUGCCAUUUGCGUUAUAUGCCAUUUAUUCUUCUGUGUCUACUUUCCAAACACUGCUCUAGACUGGUCAAGAAUAUGAUUAAUCUCUUUAGGAAAUAUUUGGUAGUUUUAAAAAAGAUUAGACUUUUAAACACUCCAAAUAUAGAAAUAUUUUUCAAAACUGAAAUGGUUGAAAAACCAAGAAUUUUGUGAUUAACAUGCCAUUUCCAGUACCUUUGCCCUUCUCUUUAAAAUAGCUUUGGAUUAACAAAGCUGAAUUCAUUCUCAUUCUGGUUUGUCAAGAAAGGAAAAUCUGAAUAUUUAUUCAAGGUAAAUUAUUUUUGCAAGGGUUAUAGGUUUAAUCCUCUGAUAUUUACGUUAAGAAGUAAAUUUUAACAGUAGACCGUAAAAGUAUGUGCAAUAUAGAAACAAAGUAGGAAUUUGUUACUGAUAUGGUAUUGUUACUGUUGAAUUGAUUUUUCAGGUUUUUGAGAAUACAUAAUAAAGUGCAUAUCAAAUGCUGGAUAUCGUAUUAAACCAUCAUUUAGGGUAGAUGUUAAUUUGUUAUAAUUAAGCUACAAAUACAGUUUCCUUAAACCAGAGAUGCACUGCCCUUGUCUGAAAUUCUUAUUGCACUGGUUUAUGUAUCUGUGUUUGUUAAGUUUUAUUGUGUCUUAUUUUUAAGUAUUCUGAGAGUUUACUAAUACUAAGUUUAAAACUUUCAUGUUGGCUUGAGCCUUUUGAACAUUUAUCUGGAUUCUGCUGAUUUGUCCAUUAUAUGUUAGGCAAAUCUACUUGAAGUGGAGGUGAAAGUUUAUGAACAUGACAAAGCUAUGUUUUAAACUUCAGAAACAGAUUGAAAUGUUUCAAUGUUAUGACCGUAUGCUAUGCUAGUUCAUGCCUGCUACUCUUAAAGUCUGUGGUUCAGUUCCUUCUAUAUACAUUUGUUUUGUGACACUGUUCAUUUUAACAAAUACUAUGAAUUCUAGUUUUCCAUUAAAAGGAUAGUUGAAGAAUAAUGUUUAAUACUAUUUCCACCCCAUCUGUAUAUAACCAUUUCAGUGUAAAGCACACCAAAACUGAACCCUGCUUUAGAGCUGUGUAUUAAGCUAAAAAUAUAAUUUUAAAAAA